UUAUAGAGGUAUAACUAAGUGAAAAAAAAACUACAAAUCGUUUGCAACCAUGGUUGAAAUCGAGGAUCAUCACACAAAUCAUGAACAUGAACACAGCACAGAUGCGCAGGAUAAUCAUGAGACGGGUGGCAUCGAUCGUGAUAUUGAUGUCGAAUCGCGUCUACUCGAUAAUGGCAAUGUUAAGUCGAGUGAAAAAUCGAACGGCGCGAAAAAUAAUGAAAAAUCAGAUCAUGAUCAAAUAAUGACGGAGGAGAUUAAUAAAAUAUUAAGAGAUAUGCCGUUAACGGAUGAUAUGACAUGCGGGUUUUGGAUAUUUAAAGGGCGUUUCUUUCAAAGAUUCGCAAAUCAAACCGCCUAUGUAUUACUCUACGGCAUGGUUGGCUGUGUCUUCUCAAUGACUUAUGCCUACUUUAAUGGCACAAUCACAACAAUAGAGAAACGCUUUAAAAUACCAUCAAAGAAUACAGGUAUUAUAUCAGUGGGCAAUGAUAUCAGUCAAAUGAUGGUCUCAGCUGUACUCAGUUACUAUGCGGGUAAAGGACACAGACCACGUUGGAUCGGCUUUGGCUUACUAACAAUUGUGAUUUUCUGCUUAAUGACUGCGUUACCACACCUCCUUUAUGGCCCUGGUGAUGAUGCUUUGGCGUUAACUGCGGAAUUUGGCGCUCAACCGGAUGAAAAUGCUACCAUGGAAGCAAUACAGAAGCAAGGUUCGAAAACGUUAUGCCUCCUAAGUGGCCGCGGGGCAGAGUGUGAGGUAGGCGAAGGCAAUUUGGCACCUCAACUGGUGUUAUUCGUUGCACAAUUUAUCUCAGGUAUUGGCGGCUCACUAUACUACACGCUGGGCGUUUCAUAUAUGGAUGAUAAUACGAAGAAAUCACGAACUCCAGCAUUGCUAAGUUUAUCAUACUUUCUGCGUAUGCUUGGUCCCGCGUUCGGUUAUGCGCUCGCCUCUUUCUGUCUGCGCGUCUACAUCGCGCCAAAUUUACAUCCUGUCAUCAAUAAUCAAGAUCCACGCUGGUUGGGCGCCUGGUGGAUGGGGUGGCUAGUGAUUGGUGGUAUGAUAUUCUGCUCUGGUGCCUUUCUUACAAUGUUCCCUAAAGAACUACCACGUGCUGCGGCUAGACGCAUGGUCGAAGAUGAGCGUCGUAAACGUGCAACGUUAAAGGAGAGACAAGAUAAUCUUAACAAAGAACCAACGGAGAAGGAUAGACUAACUGCUGAGAUGGAGGAGAAGCCAAAGGAGGAAACCAAAGCUUCUUUCAAGGAUAUGUUAACUACUUUUAAACGGCUCACCACCAAUAAGACGUUAAUGUGCAAUAAUUUCUCCUCUGUAUUCUAUCUCUUCGGUUACACGCCUUACUGGAUUUUCACACCUAAAUACAUUGAGAUACAAUAUCGGCAGUCAGCAGCUACAUCGAGCUUGGUCACUGGUACCGUCGCCUUGGCUUUUUCUGCAGCCGGUGUGCUACUCUCAGGUUUUGUAAUAUCGCGCUAUAAGCCACGCGCACGUUAUAUGGCCGCUUGGAAUGUAAUCGUUGGAUUCCUGACCGUGGCUGGCAUCCUGGCUUAUGCUUUUAUCGGUUGUCCAGGCAAUGAGCAGUCGGUGAUUGUCAACAUACACGACAGCGCCCUCAAUAGCACUCCCACUUGUAAUUCGAAUUGUCACUGUGAUUAUGUGCGUUACUCACCGGUUUGCGGGGAAAACAAUAUGACUUAUAUAUCGCCUUGCCAUGCCGGUUGCAAGAAGCAAUAUAAAACUGCCAAUGGGCGAAAGAUUUACUAUGACUGUUCUUGUAUACCUAACAACAGCUUUAAUAAAAGUUCGAAACCAUUAUUUAAACGUCUCACUGUGAUGGAUCUGAAAUCAGAGAACUACGAUAAUGAUGACGGCAAUAUUACUACUACUAUAAGGCCAGAAUUGCCAAUCACAACGUUGGAUAAAGCAUUACCGACAUCACUUAGCACAGCUUAUACAGAUGCUCUUCUCGGUGGUCAGGCGAUAACCGGCGCAUGUCCUGUCAAUUGCUUUGCUCAAUUUGUCACAUUUCUCUCGGUGAUGUGUUGCCUCAAAUUUGUUGGCGCCACAGGACGUGCCUCAAAUUUUCUCGUGUCCGUACGUUGCGUGCCUGAGAAGGAUAAAACGGCAGCAAUGGGUUUUGGUAUGAUGAUGAUGUCCAUGCUAGCAUUUAUACCAAGUCCCAUAUUCUUCGGCUGGGUAUUAGACCGUAUUUGCCUUGUGUGGGGUAAAACGUGUACAAAUAAGGGCAAUUGUUGGCUUUAUGAUCCAGAAUCACUGAGAUACACACUCAAUAUAACCGCUUCAGUAUUUGUUGCGAUAGGAGCCUUAUUCGAUUGGGGUGUCUGGUAUUAUGUGAAAGAUCUGAAAAUCUUCGAUGAGGAGGUGAAAGAGGUUGAAAUGAAAAUUGUACAGCAUGAAGAAGAAGUUAAUUCCAUUAAGGAUUUAGAAGCAUAAUUUUUAUAAAUCUUAAAUAUAUUCAGACGCAGUCUUUAUUUUAAGACAUUUUAUAAAGUGCGUGUGUCUUUGAGCUUGAGUGCCCGGUUGAAAGUGUGUAACUGUGCCAAAUUUAGUCUAAUAACGAAAUUUAUGUAAAUAUGGAAGCCAAUGUUUACUGUAUAAUUGUAUGUAUGUAUAUGUAGCUAUUAGAUUGAUAAGAGUAAAAUAGGUUCAUAGUUAUUUUUGUAAAUAAAAUCAUUUCAAAUUAUGCUAAUUUACCAAAGUUAUAGUCAACAUGUGUGCACGCAGAUAAAGGUCUGUUUAUAUGUACGGUCAAAUGUUGUGCUUUGUUAUAAUUUUUGAUAGGAAAAGUACUGUAUACUAAAUAUUUUGAUUGUAAAUACUACAAACGAAUUUUCAGUAUGUACGCCAUUGCUUAAGAAGAAAGUAUUAAUAGCUACGAUUUAUGUACAUAUGUAUGUAUUAACACAUAAGAUUAGAAUAUAUAUAGGUUAAAUAUGUACCUCUCAAUUUACAAAUCGUUAUUCUAAUAAAGAGAGGUCUAACUCACU